CCACCUGUCACGUGACUCAGAGCGUGCCGCUGCUGUGCUCUUUGAGAACGGUUAGGGCACUCUCCGUAGUACUGCACAGAGAAUGACAGAGUGCAGUUGUAGCUGUAAACGACACCAACAACAACAUUGCUUUUAACUAAGUGGACAAAUAAACACACGUUGCAAAGAGAGAGAUACAGAGAUGGCCAAGGCGACUGGCUUCACAGCGUUGCAGCUGUGUCAGCGUCAUCGUCAUGCCUUGGUACAGAGCUCAGAGGCUGCCGCUCGUGUUCUGAGGAGGCCCUUCAGCUCUCAGUCCAGAAGUGCAGUCGGGCGUUGGGCACUGGUAAGGAGGGUGCUGCUGGGAGCUGCUGCAGGGGUGCCCAUCGUAGUGGGAGCUCGGUACGCCCUUGCUGACCCCCGGGAGAGACGAAGGAUCACAAUAGUGACGGAGGGGGUUAGGCGCUUCUGUAGGUCCUUGCAAGUUGGGAUUGUGAUAUCUUUUGAUUACUGGUGGACGGCCAAUGUGCAGCUACGGGGGCUUGAAGAGAAUAGUUCAGACUUUGUGGAGGGAAUGUCUGCCUGUCACCAGCGGGCUGCCGACAGCAUGGUGGAAGGUGCCAUUCAGAAUGGAGGGGUGUACAUCAAACUGGGCCAGGGGCUGUGUGCCUUCAACCAUCUGCUACCACCUGAGUACAUAAACACCCUGCGUGUCCUGGAGGACAAAGCUCUCAACAGGAAGUAUAAGGAGGUGGAUGCUCUGUUCCUGGAGGAUUUUAACAGCACUCCUGACAAGAUGUUCAAAGAGUUUGAUUAUGAGCCAGUGGCAGCAGCCAGCCUGGCUCAGGUGCACAAGGCAAAACUGAACGAUGGGACUGCAGUGGCUGUCAAGGUGCAGUACAUAGAUUUAAGAGACCGUUUUGAAGGAGAUAUCCGGACGCUGGAAAUCUUGCUGGAUCUUAUAAAGUUCAUGCACCCCAGCUUUGGAUUCCGCUGGGUCCUCAAGGACCUGAAAGGUACUCUCGCUCAGGAGCUGGAUUUUGAGAACGAGGGCCGGAACUCUGAGCGCUGCGCUCAGGAUCUCAAACACUUCAAGUUCAUCGUUGUUCCCAAGGUGUACUGGGACAAAACCAGCAAGAGGGUGCUGACAGCGGAUUACUGUGAAGGCUGCAAAGUAAACAGCGUGGAAGAAAUCAAGAGACAAGGUCUCAGCUUGAAAGAUGUAUCUGAUAAGCUCAUAAGAACAUUUGCAGAGCAGAUAUUUUAUACAGGGUUCAUCCAUGCAGAUCCCCACCCAGGCAAUGUGCUGGUGAGAAAAGGACCUGAUAAGAAGGCUGAACUGGUUUUACUGGACCACGGGCUGUACGAGUUCCUGAGCGAACAUGACAGGGUGGCUUUGUGUAAGCUGUGGCGCUCCAUCAUUAUCAGAGACAAGCCGGCCAUGAAGAAAUAUUCAUCUGACUUGGGGGUCAAAGAUUACUUCCUGUUCUGCGAGAUCCUGCUGCAGCGGCCUAUCCACAUGCACAAGACCGGCCUGUCUAACAUCCUAAGCUGGGAAGAAACGGUCUACAUGCAAGAGAUGGCAGCGAAGCACUUCGAGCGCAUCAUGGAGGUCCUGAAGGCCAUGCCGAGGCCAAUGCUGCUGGUCUUCCGCAACAUCAACACGGUGCGCUGCAUCAACAUCGCACUGGGGGCGCCCGUGGAUAGGUACUUCCUCAUGGCCAAGAGUGCUGUGAGGGGCUGGAGUUGGAUGCAGGCAGAGAGAUCCAGGAGACUGCCACAGAUCGGGGUGAUUCGCUGGCUGUGGGUCGUGUGGGAGAAUGUCAAAUUCGAAUUUGCUUUGAGGUCAGAGGUUGUGGUGAUGCGUCUGAUGACCUCGUUGCUACGGUUACUGGUCUACUUUGGCCGAAUUCCUCAGGAUGACCGCAUCUAUCAAUAUCUCCAGUGAUGCCCUGCUGUAGGAUAUGAUACAACUCAAUUUCUUUACCUCAUGCCGGAAAAAAACAAAAAGGCUCUCCACCCCCUGAAGCCAGAAUCACAGGGCUUUUCAUACAUUAAGAAAAGUGGCACCUUCGAAAUAGAAGGAAAAUGAAAAUUUAUCUCGGCACCGAAUAUGCAAGUUUUAAUAUUGCUGCUGUUAUUAUAAUCAGGUGUCUGCUGAGAGGGUGGUUCAUUUUAAACAUGGUGAAAUACAGCAGCCAACUGUGUAGAGUUCAAAGCAAAGCUUAGAAAUGGAAAUGUGUCAGGACCAUGUUGGUGGGUAUGCAGCUGGAGAACUCAACAUCACUUCCUGUCCAAUGCCAAAACCUGGUUGGGCCAUUCAGGCCGAAUACAUAGAGCUACAGUUAAGGCUGGCAAUAUCAGCACAGGGAAGUUGCACCAGGUUUACCUCUGUACCCUUAUCUGGUGUAUAAGGACAAUACCUACUGUAGCUUGUUGCACUGUACUUAGAAGUAAACAAUACCCAUACCUUUGUGCAGUUCAACUGCGCUGUCUAGAAAAAUGUCAUUUGUGCGCAUUAAACCAGCAAUAAUGAUUAUGCCUGAACUGUGCUGUGUGUUAUUUAGGACCUUGUUUUCUGUUGUAACUGCAUGGAAACACCCCAGAAUAUAUGGGCGUGCAUCGAUUCCGUAAUGUCUCCAUAUACCAAAUAUGUUUUUAUUAUCAGACAAUUAAUGAAAUAUAAUAUGAAUAUGGCAACAUUGCAGUUUAUAUUGCUAAACCAGUGUAUAUCAGAUUGCAUUUGUUUUUGUACAUUAAGUUUUGUUACCAGAACUUUUUAUAAGAGUAGCUGUUAGACCAUUGUAUCAUUUGCCUUCUAAAGCUCUUGGGGGUCAGAUCGCUUAAAUCAAUGGUGUCAAACUCAGUUCCUGGAGGGCAGCAAUGUCUAAUAGCUUUUGUUCCACCUGAGCUCUCAAUUACUUAAUGGGUCUAAUUAUUUGAUUAACUGGACACAUUUAACACUUCUCUUCAGGCCUCAAAAUGUUUCAUAGGUAGUGUACCUUGAAUCAAGUGUGUUUUUAAAACCAUCAACUGUAAAAGACCUUGAAAAAUAUUAAAUGUCAAAUUGAACAAAUAAUUAGAUCAAUUAUGUUAAUUGAGAGUUUGAGUUGGAAUGAAAACCAGAAGACCCUGCGGCCCUCGAGGACUGGAGUUUGACACCCUUGGCUUAAAUAAAUAAAACAACAAACUGGUGAUGAUGCAGAACUUUAAUAAUUUGAAUUUAAUAACUGAAUGAUUAUGUGUUAAGAUCCUGCUUUUAUUACUCGUUUAUGUAAUACAAUCAGACGUGUAAGGAAGAGCUAGCCUGUGAGCUAGAGGUCGAAGUGUGCUAAAUGCAUGGUUCUGGAAAUUGCUAUAAUAAAGAUCACUUGAGGUCGGG